AACUAUCUAUCCCAAGUAAGGGCGCCAAACGCCUGCGGUAGCACAUGGCGGUUACAGCCGCCCAUCGACACUCUAUGGGCUUAAGAGAGCGCUGCAUACUACAGCCUACCAACCACUGAUCCAAAAGCCUGUCUCCUACCGCCUGCAGCCGUUGUGGCCGCCACAGCCAUCUACUGACACCUUACGCGCUUGGGAUGGCACCACCUAGGUUCAGGGGAGAGCCGGUACCGCGCCCGCAUCUGCUCAUCAGUCAACACCAACCGCGGUGUAACCGACUUCCCAAUCCCAUUCACCCCAUUCAAGCUCCGCUGGCCCCGCAGGUCCGUUCUCGGCAGCCGGACCUCAGUAGUGGGAACAGUAUUCCACUCCAUUCCCAUCUCCUCCUUCACCUCCCGCUGCUCCCGCUUGCGCUUCCUCGCCUCCCGCGCCUCGCGCCUUUGGAGCUUACAGAGUUUCCAUACCGACUCCCCUGCUCCGAUGAAAGCGCCGCGGAGUGCCGUGGCCCUUGCGGCACCGUCUGGAAGGUGCGGGUCUUCGAGAUAGUCGGCGCAUUUGUCAACAUCUGGGAUGGCGGCUUGCCAGCGGUCGCAGAGCUCGCGAACGGUGUCUCGCGUUGGUAUCUCUGCGAGAGGUGGUGUCGGGGUGUUGGAGGGUUCUCGCUUGGUUUUGGAGGCCGGAACCGGGGGUUCAUCUUCGGGCUCGAUCUUAAUGGUGGUACACGUGUUGCUAUUCCCGACGCGAUGGACCAACAUUGUGCUGCUUUGGUGGUGCCGGGUCGUUUUGAUGUAGGGCUGUGGUUCUGGGAAUGGGGUAGUAGCAGGUCGGGACGAGAGUCUGUGGUGAGGUUGGCUUUGGUAUCGUUUGUUUGCAGUAUGUAUUGCUUGGUGGGUUGCAGUUGCGAUGAGAUGAAGAGUAGCCUCUUAAGUAGUAUUUUUGCCAGGAAACACAGAUGGUAAGCCAUAGCUGGAUCGAGUAUGUGAUUACAGUAAAGCCAAAUUCGAUUUCCGAAGCUCACCUUCGCCUCCUAUGUCUGUCGUCGAGUGUUUCUAGGCUUACCGCGGUAUUGCCAUAUGUAGACAUUCACUGACAAGCAAAGAAGAGACAUCUGAGACGGGUGAAUCGCAUCGUUGAAACCACUAAAACAUCUAUUCAGCAUCAGUACGCC